AGAAAAGCCGCUCCAAGCAACCAAAGUAUUGCGGCUAAAUUAUUUUCACCAAAUUAAUAAUUAAAAAAAGAGUUUGUCGAAGUUCAUUUUGGGUAAUAUAAUAUAACCACAAUAACAAGUGAAAUGGCAAUGCAGUUAGCGAAGGUUCAUUCAUAUCAUGAAUGGUUAGAAAAACUUAACUCGAGGAGAGAUAAUAUCUGCCUUGACCCUUUUAGCAACAUGGAGUAUAUGGGCCAUACACAAACUGCCACCUACAUGACUGGUCCUCGUCAGCUAACUCAGACAGCCUUACCAUCCAUCAUGCAGUCAUCUUACAAACCAUUUGAUACCUAUCCAGCACCUUCUCCACUUAGACGAUCCCUCACCACCCUACCCUGGAGGCCAAGUACCUACUAUCAAACAGCACAAACCAACCCCACCACAGCAAUCUCCAAAAGUAUGAACGAACCUCUGUCCACUCGAAACCAACUUUCCCAACUAGAUGGCAUCAAAGUUCCUCCAGUGUUCGCUGCUUCCAGAAAUGCCCUUUACACCCGAUAUACACCAAACGAUUGGUCCAGUUCUAACCAAACCAAUUAUAUGUCAUCUGAUAGAGUCCGAGGUGGUGCUGAACGUAUCCGUUUGGACACAAUUCGUCUGUGCCGAGAAACCGAUGACAAGACCAGAAGAACCCAAACCGAUGUUGGUAAGAAGCUUGGGGAGAGAAUUGGUGAUAUUUCUUUCUGGAAGACAGAACUUAAUCAUGAAACAGAUAACAUGAUUGCUGAAACCAAUGCCUUGAACGAAGCUAAGCGAGUUUUGGAGAAAGCUCUAGCGGAAACCGAAAACCCAUUACACAUUGCCCAAGAGUGCCUUUACCACCGGGAAAAGAGACAAGCUAUUGAUCUAGUCCAUGAUAACCCAGAGAAGGAACUGAUUAAGGAAGUCGACAUUAUCAAGAGAUGCCAAAAUAAAAUGCGAGACGUUGUUGAUAAAUCCAAUGUACAACUAGGAUUAAACCGAGCAGCCCAACACGAAUUAGAGAAGGAUUCUGGUGACAAGUUCGCUGCCCAGAGUUUAGAUGAAACUUGCCAUGGUAUGAGAAAUGCUUCACGGGGAUUAGCUUUCCAUAAUGGUGUACACAGAAUUGAUAACACUGUUUCAGUUCCAGAGUCCUGGGCCAAGUUCACCAACGACAAUAUUCAGAGAUCACAAAGUGAAAGAGCCGCCUCUAAGCACAUACGAAAUCUGAUUGAAAGUGUUCUUAACACAUGUGUCAGCGACAUGUGGCAAGAAUGGAAUGCCGUCAAUGUUGCUUUAAAUAAUAGAAUGCAAGAUACAGCGGAUACCAGAAACAAGCUCCAAAACCAUUUAUCAAAGAUUGGUAUCUGA